AUGAGCGCCAAGGACCAGCGAGCCGAGUCGCCGGCGUCAGACUCGGGGGGCCAAGCGUCGGAUGGGGUGGAGGACAUUCAGCACCCUGCGCUGGACUUGCAGUCCCUCUCGCGUGCCGUCAAAGCACGAAAAGCUGAGUAUACUCGUCGACGAACAGUUCGCGUGAAAGUUGGAACUUGGAAUGUAGCAGCCAUCUCCGGUACAGAAAAGGACAUUGGGAAAUGGUUCGUGCAGGGCCAAGGGGUGUCCGAGAAGCUCUCUGGUGCCAAGGGUGAGCAACUUGAGCAUGCUGGAGCAACGGAGGGAGGUUCGUCAACCGGAGAUGAGGAGAACGAGAAGAAGAAAAGGCCAUUUCAAACAAGUCCUGAGGAGAUUGAUCUUUAUGUUUUGGGUCUCCAGGAAGUGGUCGAUGUUUCAUCUCCCGCAGAGGCUUUACGGCCAUACACCGAUUCGGGCCCAUCGAAUCGAUGGAAGGAGUCAGUUCAGAGUUCCCUUCCUCCAGGAUAUCAGCUCGUCUCCGAGGUUCAGCUAGUUGGGCUCUUACUUUUGAUCUACGCCUCUCCAUCGAUUCGUGAGAGCAUCUCCUCGGUCAGCAGUACCUAUGUCGGGACGGGUCUGAUGGGGUACAUGGGGAAUAAGGGCGCCGUGGCUACUCGUUUGGUCCUGGGAGAAACUACUCGUCUAGUUUUUGUGAACAGUCACCUUGCGGCAGGGUCUGAUAAAAGCAGCCUAGAAAGACGCAAUUGGGAUGCUUCACAGAUUGCGUCGCGUGCAAAGUUCGAUUGCAUUGAUGGCGAGAAGGGAGCAGGGGAUGAGACUUCUGACAGUAUUGGCGACGAGGAUUUUACUUUCUGGUUUGGCGAUCUUAACUAUCGACUAGAUGAUAUUCCUGGGAAUGACGUGCGGCAAGUUCUAGCACGGCAUACAGUUAAUGCAUACGAUAUUGCACUCCAGGAAGCAAAGAAAUCGGGUAGCCGCCGAGGUUCUACCGCCGAUGAUGAAAACCAGCCACCAUCACCGCCGCUUCCAGAAGAUGAUGGGACACCCGAGCCAGUCAGCGACGAUGAUAUUGAUCCUCAUAAUGACCCUGCGUCAUUGCAGACAACUAUUUCAUCUCUUGUCGUCCAUGACCAACUGCAUAUUCAGCAAAAAUUGGGAACUGCAUUCCACAAAGGAUGGCGCGAAGGCCAAAUCACUUUUCUGCCUACAUAUAAAUAUGAUGUCGGUAGCGUGGCUAUGUUUGACUCAAGUGAGAAACAUCGUGGCCCUAGCUGGUGUGAUCGAAUUCUUUACCGCAGCCGGCGGGACAAGCUCAAACAUGAGCAACUUGACCGAGAAGCCGAGGAAAUUCGGCAGAGAGACAAAGAAAUGCAGGACCAAGGUCUCGACCAGGCUGCUGCCGAUGAAAAUGUCCUAUUUGACUACGACCCUGAGGUCGACGGAGCAGAUGGGGGAGGGGGAGGCAGCGUGGAGGAGUAUAUUUCAGAUGAUGACCGGGCAUCUGUCUCUUCUGUUGCAUCUGAAAACUCAGCAUUGGAUGAGCCCAUUCGUCUGGAUCAUUAUAUAUCACACCAGGGAAUUCUGUCUUCAGAUCACAAACCCUUGGAUGCCAUUUUUACGUUGUCAUUUGAUGCCGUGAAUCCCAGCCUCAAGGCUAAAGUUCACCAAGAGGUGGUCCGGGAACUCGACAAGGCUGAAAAUGAAGCUCGCCCUGGCCUUACGGUCGUGGUUGAUGUUCCUCAUGGCGAACAAGGAAAGGAGCGAGAUCCGAACGCAGUUGACUUAGGUGAUGUCGCUCAUGAUGUGCCGGUUCGCCGGUCCAUCACUAUUGCCAACACGAGCGGUGCAUCAGCCACCUUUCACUUCGGCGAGAGGCCUAGCCUUGGUAAUAAAGACAAUUCAGAGAACCCCUCUUGGCUCCAUAUUCAAAUUGAACGGCCCGAGGACCAUACCAAACAACCGGCUACAGCUUUUGGAAAUUCCUACACACUACUGCCAGGCGACGUGGCCAAUGUCGAGAUCAUAGCUCACGUUCAGAAUAUCGAACAAGUUCGUCUUCUCAACCUGAAGAAAGUCAAACUGGAGGAGAUCCUAGUGCUUCAUGUCGACAGUGGUCGCGACCAUUUCAUUUCGGUCACGGGCCACUGGUUGCCAACCUGCUUUGGCUGUAGCGUGGACGAAUUGACCCGCAUGCCCGAAGAGGGAGCCCGCAGUCUCGACGAGAAAGGGGCAUCACAUCCAUCCCAAACAAAAACUGAAGUGCGGCUAUCUGCUCCACGUGAGCUCUUUCGUUUGACCGAGGCGAUUUCCGAUCUGACCGAGCGGGCCGUAGCAGAGUGGAGCAUGACAAAAGGCGAAUCCCCAGAAGAAGCACCUUGGGCUUUGGAACCAUCAGGAACCGGGUGGCCUUUCCAGCCCGACACAUGGACCCUUCAUGACCCCGAGCAGCGCGCUGCUCUGUCGGCAUCAGUCCGAAAAUCUCUCGACACCAACCAGUCCCUAACGUCGAUUUUUCCACCAGAAGUUCCAUCCCUCCAGCGGCUAGAGAUCCUCUCCGCAACACUUCUGACAUUCCUCAAUUCCUUAAGUGAUGGCAUCGUUACCGCAUUCGUUUGGCAAGAGAUGGAGCAGCAGAUGAUCGCACGAGAGAAAUCCAAGGCUCCUCCGCGAUCCUGGGAAGAGACUCAAGCCUGGGUCCUCGAAAGCCUCGCCUAUUCACCCGCACACAGUGUCUCCUUCACAUUUGUCACCUUCAUGCUUGCCCGUAUCGCGAACGAAGUAGCCCCAGUCCCUUCCCUUGCACCGCAGCCCAGCAACCCUGUAUCAAAAACGAAAGACGAGGACAAGAAGGACACGGAGGAUCAAGGCCAAGACCAAGGAGACAACCAAAAUGAACAGGAGAACCCCAAAUCCAGUCUCCCAAACCCGCCCACCCCUGCCUCUACCGCGGCAUUCAUCUCAGCGGGCAGAUUCCGUCGCAAAAGCCAACCACCCACCCCCGAAUCCUUGGCAAAGGACUCGUACGAAAAAGCUACAGCGCGUCGACAGGCUGUCGAGUCUACACUCACGUCUAUAUUCGCCCGCGUACUCAUUUCGCAGUCUGCUCCCGUGCCGUCGAAGGAGAAAGAGCGCCGAGCUUCGGACGAACGGAAGAAGGCGAUUAUUGAGCCAUUCUUGAAGAUGAUUGGAGUUGAUGACAGGGGGCCUUCUGGAGGGCGGACUUGA